CGCCGUCUCUUGUUCUUCAGGACGAACAGGAGCCUCGCCAUGGCCACCUGAUGGAGCUCCGCCGCCAUGGAUUCUCCCCUCCGCGCCCCAGAUCCGGCCUCUCCGUUAUCCGCCGUCCAGGACCUCUCCCGUCCGCCAAGCUCCCCGUCCUGCUGCCUGAGCGCCCACGGGACCACGUUGAGCAGAUGGCCGCUGCCCAGCCUUGCAGAUGCUUCGCCGCCUUGACUCCAGGGAACCGAGCCGCCAUGUCUGUCGCCCUCGUUUUCCUCGCCAGGAGACUGACUGCAGCCUCCUACCGUCGCUCGGGUCCGCGCCGCUUCGUCUCCGGCCCCUGCCCGCUGGAGUUGUGCCUCCCUAUGCCCCGCAACCCCGUCGCCUUGCUCCUCUGCAUCAAGCCCCACUCGACCCGACAGCUUCGCCCAGCGCCCCCUCGAGCUAGCCCCGCCGCCAAGUCCAGCACCGCACUGCCGCGAGCCGCUUCUUUCCUUUGGAUCCCCGUCAACCCUUCGCCCCGCUCGCCGGAGCUCCGCUCCCAGCCACCGGCGCCCUGCUCGCCUCCUCUGCUUCGUUCGAGUAGGGAGGACGACGCCUCUGCUCGCUGCUUUGACCGCGCCUUCCUCGCCUGCGUGGACCGCGACCACGACUUCGGUCCAGCGUGCCCCUGCAGCCCAUCCUCUCCACCAGCCGGCCGUGUGGCCCAUGUAGUCAUGGAUCUGGCGGCGGUUCAGGGGCUGGCAGUUUUCAUGGCCCAGGUGGCGGUUCAAAUUCCAGUUUUUAGGGACAGCCGGGUGGAAAUAAUCAACAGCAAUCUGGUCAGGGAGGACAAUAGCAGCAAUAGUCGGGUUAUCAGAGCCAUCUGA